UCGCCUCGGACGCCUCGCUCCGACAUGCCCCGCUCUGGCGGCCGGGCUCGCGGAGGAUCAUGACUGCGGCAGCGAACUGGGUGGCGAACGGGGCGAGCCUGGAGGAUUGUCACUCCAACCUCUUCUCGCUGGCUGAACUCACGGGGAUCAAAUGGCGUAGGUACAAUUUUGGAGGACAUGGGGACUGUGGACCCAUAAUUUCAGCCCCAGCCCAGGAUGACCCAAUCCUGUUAAGUUUCAUCCGCUGUCUGCAAGCCAACCUGCUGUGUGUAUGGCGUCGUGAUGUCAAACCAGAUUGCAAAGAGUUAUGGAUAUUCUGGUGGGGAGAUGAACCCAACCUAGUGGGUGUGAUACAUCAUGAGCUUCAGGUUGUUGAAGAAGGACUAUGGGAAAAUGGCCUUUCCUAUGAAUGUAGGACGCUGCUCUUCAAAGCGAUCCACAAUCUAUUAGAAAGGUGCCUAAUGGAUAAGAACUUCGUUAGGAUUGGGAAGUGGUUUGUUCGACCCUAUGAGAAGGAUGAAAAGCCAGUCAACAAGAGUGAGCAUUUGUCCUGUGCUUUCACAUUCUUUCUUCAUGGAGAAAGUAAUGUGUGCACAAGUGUGGAGAUUGCCCAACACCAGCCAAUUUAUUUGAUCAAUGAGGAGCAUAUACACAUGGCUCAGUCUUCACCUGCACCAUUUCAAGUACUGGUAAGCCCUUAUGGCUUAAAUGGCACACUAACAGGCCAAGCAUACAAAAUGUCAGAUCCGGCUACACGCAAGUUGAUUGAGGAAUGGCAAUAUUUCUAUCCGAUGGUGCUAAAAAAGAAAGAUGAAUUGAAAGAGGAAGAGGAAUUGGGAUAUGAUGAUGAUUUCCCUGUGGCAGUUGAAGUAAUUGUCGGUGGUGUUCGGAUGGUCUAUCCUUCAGCUUUUGUUUUGAUCUCUCAGAAUGACAUCCCAGUUCCUCAGAGUGUUGUCAGUGCUGGAGGCCAUAUUACAGUUGGGCAGCAGGGGCUUGGUAGUGUGAAGGACCCAAGUAACUGUGGAAUACCUCUGACCCCUCCCACCUCUCCAGAACAGGCUGUUGUAGGUGAAAGUGGAGGUAUGCAGAGUGCUGCCAGUCACCUAGGUUCCCAAGAUGGGGGCAUGAUAACUAUGCACAGUCCAAAGAGAUCGGGGAAGAUUCCUCCAAAUCUCCACAAUCAUAUGGUCCAUCGAGUGUGGAAGGAAUGCAUCCUCAACCGAGCCCAGUCCAAGAGGAGCCAGAUGUCAACUCCAACACUUGAAGAAGAGCCUGCUAACAGUCCUGCUGCUUGGGGUUUUGUGGAUCCAACCCAAAGAGUCAGCUGUUCUUGUUCCAGGCAUAAACUUUUAAAACGUUGUGCAGUAGGACCCAACCGACCUCCCACAAUAUCUCAACCAGGGUUCAGUGCAGGACCAUCUUCAGCUUCAUCUUUACCACCUCCUGCUUCUUCUAAGCACAAAACAACAGAAAGACAAGAAAAAGGAGACAAGUUGCAAAAGAGACCUCUGAUACCAUUUCACCACCGGCCCUCUGUUGCUGAAGAGUUAUGCAUGGAGCCAGACACAUCAGGACAGAAGCUAGGCUUGGCAGGGAUGGAUUCCUCUUUAGAGGUGUCUAGUAGUCGAAAGUAUGAUAAGCAAAUGGCUGUGCCUUCCAGAAACACAAGCAAGCAAAUGAAUCUGAAUCCUAUGGAUUCACCUCGUUCUCCUAUCUCCCCGCUACCACCAACACUCAGCCCUCAGCCACGAGGUCAGGAAGCAGAGAGUCUGGACCCACCUUCAGUCCCUGUGAAUCCAGCCUUGUAUGGAAAUGGGCUCGAACUUCAGCAGUUGUCCACUCUGGAUGACAGAACUGUCCUCGUAGGCCAAAGACUGCCUCUGAUGGCAGAGGUCAGCGAGACAGCCUUAUAUACUGGUAUUAGGCCCUCAAACCUGGAGUCAUCAGAGAAGUGGUGGCAAAGUUUUCGUCUCCCGUCCAGUGAUGAUGCUGAGUUCCGACCUCCAGAACUCCAGGGUGAGAGAUGUGACACCAAAAUAGAGGGGCCCUCAGAGAGCACUGCACUGCAAAGACUCCUAGCACAACCUAACAAACGGUUUAAGAUCUGGCAAGACAAGCAGCCCCAGAUGCAGCCGCUCCACUUCCUUGACCCAUCGCCUCUCUCACAACAACCUGGAGAUGGUCUGGGAGAAGUCAAUGACCCAUACACCUUUGAGGAUGGGGACAUAAAAUACAUCUUCACAGCAAACAAGAAAUGCAAACAAGGGACAGAGAAAGACUCCCUGAAGAAGAGCAAGUCAGAGGAUGGAUUUGGUACCAAGGAUGUCACUACACCAGGUCAUUCCACGCCGGUGCCUGAUGGGAAAAAUGCCAUGUCUAUUUUCAGUUCUGCUACUAAAACAGAUGUCCGACAAGAUAAUGCUGCUGGCAGAGCUGGCUCCAGUAGCCUUACACAGGUGACAGACUUGGCACCUUCCCUGCAUGACUUAGACAACAUCUUUGAUAAUUCUGAUGAUGAUGAACUUGGGGCUGUAUCCCCUGCACUACGCUCAUCAAAAAUGCCUACAAUUGGGACAGAAGACCGGCCUCUUGGAAAGGAUGGAAGAGCUGCUGUUCCUUACCCACCAACAGUUGCAGAUUUACAGAGGAUGUUCCCCACCCCUCCAUCUUUGGAACAGCAUCCUGCCUUUUCACCUGUGAUGACUUACAAAGAUGGGAUACUUCCAGAGACAGUGACGGCGUUAGGUAUGAUGGAGAGUCCUGCGGUCAGUAUGGUUUCCACACACCUCCCAGAAUUCAAAAUGGAAGUGGAAGAUGGAUUAGGAAGUCCCAAGCCAGAAGAAAUAAAGGACUUUUCAUAUGUGCACAGACCUCCACCUUUUCAACCAUUUGUGGGAUCCUCCAUGUUUGCUCCACUGAAGAUGUUGCCGAGCCAUUGCCUGCUACCUCUGAAAAUACCCGAUGCCUGUCUGUUUCGGCCUUCGUGGGCAAUUCCUCCUAAAAUCGAACAACUGCCCCUGCCCUCUGCAGCCACUUUCGUUAGAGAUGGCUACAAUAAUGUGCCUAGUGUUGGGAGCCUAGCAGAUCCAGACUAUCUGAACACACCACAGAUGAACACACCAGUGACACUGAACAGUGCUGCCCCAGCCAGCAACAGUGGGGCAGGAGUCCUCCCAUCUCCAGCAACACCUCGUUUCUCUGUUCCCACACCACGAACCCCCAGGACUCCAAGAACUCCCAGAGGUGGGGGCACUGCCAGUGGUCAAGGGUCUGUUAAAUAUGACAGCACUGAUCAGGGCUCACCAGCCUCUACCCCUUCUACCACGCGGCCCCUUAACUCUGUGGAGCCUGCCACCAUGCAGCCAAUUCCUGAAGCCCAUAGUCUGUAUGUCACCCUGAUUCUCUCAGAUUCUGUGAUGAAUAUCUUUAAGGACCGGAACUUUGACAGUUGUUGCAUCUGUGCCUGCAACAUGAACAUCAAAGGGGCAGAUGUUGGGCUUUACAUCCCAGAUUCUUCCAAUGAGGACCAGUACCGCUGCACCUGUGGGUUUAGUGCCAUCAUGAACCGCAAACUUGGCUACAAUUCGGGACUCUUCCUUGAAGAUGAGUUGGAUAUUUUUGGGAAGAAUUCUGAUAUUGGCCAAGCUGCAGAGAGGCGCUUAAUGAUGUGUCAGUCUACCUUUCUUCCUCAGAUGGAGGGAGCUAGGAAGUCUCUGGAGCCACCCAUAAGCCUUCUCCUCCUCCUGCAGAAUCAGCACACACAACCUUUUGCUUCUCUGAGUUUCCUGGACUACAUUUCCUCUAACAAUCGCCAAACAAUUCCCUGUGUGAGCUGGAGUUAUGACCGGGUGCAGGCAGAUAAUAAUGACUACUGGACGGAAUGCUUUAAUGCACUGGAGCAGGGGCGACAGUAUGUGGAUAAUCUCACAGGUGGAAAAAUAGAUGAAGCUUUGGUGAGAAGUGCCACUGUGCAUUCAUGGCCUCACAGCAAUGUGCUGGACAUCAGCAUGCUCUCCUCCCAGGAUGUGGUGCGCAUGCUGUUGUCUCUGCAGCCCUUUCUCCAAGAUGCCAUCCAGAAGAAGCGCACGGGCCGGACCUGGGAGAACAUCCAGCACGUGCAGGGGCCACUAACCUGGCAGCAGUUCCAUAAGAUGGCAGGACGCGGAACCUACGGCUCAGAGGAGUCCCCGGAGCCGCUGCCCAUCCCCACUCUGCUAGUGGGCUAUGACAAGGACUUCCUGACCGUCUCUCCGUUCUCCUUGCCCUUCUGGGAGAGGCUGCUGCUGGACCCGUACGGGGGCCGCCGCGAUGUUGCCUAUAUUGUGGUGUGUCCCGAAAAUGAGGCCUUGCUCGAAGGAGCCAAAACUUUCUUCAGGGACUUGAGUGCUGUGUACGAGAUGUGUAAGCUUGGGCAGCACAAGCCCAUCUGCAAAGUGCUACGCGACGGAAUCAUGCGUGUGGGGAAGACUGUGGCCCAGAAGCUGGCAGAUGAACUUGUGAGCGAGUGGUUUAACCAGCCCUGGAGCGGCGAGGAGAAUGACAAUCAUUCCAGACUCAAACUUUAUGCGCAAGUUUGCCGCCAUCACCUAGCACCUUACUUGGCUACUCUGCAACUCGACAGCAGCCUGUUGACCCCACCCAAGUACCAGCCUCCACCGCCAGCAGCCCAGGGACAAGCUACUCCUGGGACUGCUGGGCCUUUAGCUCCAAACUCAGGCUCAGCAGCUCCCCCAGCUGGCAGUGCAUUCAAUCCCACCUCUAACAGCAAUUCCGCAAACCCUGCAGCAAGUACUUCCUCAGCUGGCUCCUCUGGGCCUCCAGUUUCCUCGGCUGCCUCCGCCCCUGGGAUUAACCAGAUGAGCACUACCUCGUCUUCAGGCUUCAGCGGUGGUAUGGGAGGGCAGAACCCCAGCAGUGGGGGUAGCUCUAUCGAUAGAACACAAGGGAACAUUGCCUGUGGCGUAGACCCUGAGCAGGGGAGCUCUACCCAGCCCUACCAGGAUGGACAAGACAGUGUUACCGAAAGGGAGAGAAUCGGAAUUCCCACGGAGCCCGACUCUGCAGACAGUCAAGCCUACCCUCCAGCUGUCGUCAUUUACAUGGUGGACCCGUUCACCUACACUGCAGAGGAAGACUCCACGUCUGGAAACUUUUGGCUGUUGAGCUUGAUGCGCUGCUAUACAGAAAUGCUGGAUAAUUUACCCGAGCAUAUGAGAAACUCUUUCAUUCUCCAGAUUGUGCCUUGCCAGUACAUGCUGCAGACAAUGAAGGAUGAGCAAGUGGUCUACAUCCAGUACUUGAAGUCCAUGGCAUUUUCCGUGUACUGCCAGUGCAGGCGGCCGCUGCCCACACAGAUCCACAUUAAGUCCCUCACAGGAUUCGGGCCUGCAGCCAGCAUUGAGAUGACCCUCAAGAACCCAGAGCGGCCCAGCCCAAUCCAGCUUUACUCCCCUCCCUUUAUAUUGGCCCCAAUCAAAGAGAAGCAGACGGAGCAAGGAGAGACCCUUGGAGAAGCAAGCCAGAAAUACAAUGUGCUCUUUGUGGGCUACUGUCUGUCUCAUGACCAGCGCUGGCUAUUGGCUUCCUGCACUGACCUCCAUGGGGAGUUAUUAGAGACCUGCAUUGUAAAUAUUGCUUUACCAAACAGGUCACGGAAGAGUAAAGUGUCUGCCCGGAAAAUUGGACUGCAAAAGUUAUGGGAGUGGUGUAUUGGGAUUGUCCAAAUGACAUCUUUGCCCUGGAGAGUUGUCAUCGGGCGUCUUGGUCGGCUCGGCCACGGGGAGCUUAAAGAUUGGAGUAUCCUCCUUGGAGAAUGUUCACUACAGACAAUCAGCAAACAGCUCAAGGACGUGUGCCGAAUGUGUGGGAUCUCUGCUGCAGACUCUCCUUCUAUCCUCAGUGCCUGCCUGGUGGCCAUGGAGCCCCAGGGGUCCUUUGUAGUGAUGCCAGAUGCUGUCACCAUGGGCUCGGUGUUUGGCCGAAGCACUGCACUGAACAUGCAGUCCUCUCAGCUGAACACCCCUCAAGAUGCUUCUUGUACACACAUACUGGUGUUUCCCACAUCAUCAACCAUCCAGGUAGCUCCAGCCAACUAUCCCAAUGAAGAUGGGUUCAGCCCCAACAACGAUGAUAUGUUUGUGGACCUUCCAUUCCCAGACGAUAUGGACAAUGAUAUUGGCAUAUUAAUAACUGGGAAUCUCCACUCCUCCCCCAACUCCUCCCCGGCACCCUCCCCGGGCUCUCCCUCUGGAAUUGGUGUGGGCUCUCACUUCCAGCACAGUCGGAGCCAGGGUGAGCGGCUGCUCUCUAGAGAGGCUCCAGAGGAGCUCAAGCAGCAGCCUUUGGCCCUUGGGUACUUUGUAUCAACUGCCAAAGCUGAGAAGUUGCCCCAGUGGUUUUGGUCAUCAUGUCCGCAGGCACAGAACCAGUGCCCUCUCUUCCUAAAGGCAUCACUCCAUCACCACAUCUCUGUAGCACAGACGGACGAACUUCUCCCUGUCAGGAACUCGCAGCGGGUCCCUCACCCUCUGGACUCCAAGACAACCUCUGAUGUUUUAAGGUUUGUGUUGGAGCAGUACAACGCGCUGUCCUGGCUCACGUGCAAUCCGGCCACCCAGGACCGUACUUCCUGCCUUCCCGUCCACUUCGUGGUGCUCACUCAGUUGUACAACGCCAUCAUGAAUAUACUUUAAUGGAAAGCACUUGUUCUCUCUCUCUGGCUCAGUCCCUUCUCUCCUCGCCUCACUCUGAGGAACUGCGGCACUGUGCAAGGGCCGCACCCUUUUCUCCUGACCACUCUCCACAGUCCUGCGCUGUGACGCGCCUCAGCAGGCCUGGUCCGCAGGCCCGGUCCGUUCUGCAGUGUUCAUUGCCACAGUGACUCCUUGAUACGUCUCACAUGGACCUGGAAAUUUCCAUAAGCAGUGGCUUUUAGCGAGCAUGUGGUGUGCAGCCCACGGGCAGCGGUGGCUGUUGGUGGCUUUGAAGAGGAAAACAGAAGAGGAGGCAGUGUCCUUUUGCACAAGAGUCUGUUCUCAGCCUCUGUCCAGCCCUUUGGACGAAGUCCUCUAGCUGUUGGUGUGUGGCCUGUGGGUUACCUGAACUCCAUACCUGGGAUUCUUAAAGCCCUGCGCCACCUCCAGUACGCGACUCAGCACUGGGUUCGCUCCCCAUCACGCCCCCAUCCCGAUGGCGCCAGUGCUUAGGUUGCUCUCAUACCUGUGCGUGUACAUACGAAAGGUCUGCGGACAGCUUCGUCUUGUUUAUUUAUUUUGUUUUGUCCUUUUUUGUGAUUUUCAUUGGAUUUUUUUUAAUUCUUGAGGACCAGGUACAGUAGCUGAAACCCAUCUAAGAUCCACGGUAGGGUUCUCUGACUACAUACCUCUGUCCCAGAAGCCAGAAAAGGAGUGGCGGCAAAUCGGCGAUCAUGUGGGAAGUGACAGUGCCGCAGCCACCAGUGCAAGUUUUGUUAAGGACAAACUGGGUUUUCAAAGCUGUGCCGUGCCACGUGGCCAGCCUUUUGUAAGGGUGACACUUUUAUACCCAGGGUGAUCAAGCUCAACCCAGAGCCGAGGAGGCAAUUACUUCAAUCAGCUUUAUAUACAUACAGUCACAUGGAAAUGUCUUUUCUAGAGAAUUCUUACCGAAAGCCAGGUCUCUCCUCCCAUUAGAUCACAGGGACUUGUGCAUACCACAAUCCAAGGUGUUUGCUAAUAAAAUCAGUUACAAAUAUGGUGAACUUUUUCUGGACCAUAGGAAUAUUAUUUCAAAGAAAUAUUACAACUUAACCGUUACAAUUAGUACUUGAAGUUGAGCCUUCAUGGUGGGACUUUUAUAAAAAUGCCUUUUUAAAGCAUUACUGGCUAAUUGAAGUAUUGUGUGAUUCCUCACGCCAGGCCCGGAGGGUUGGGUUUGCCACGCUGUCUCUGCCCGGCUGUGGGCAGCGGGCAGCCGGCGGCUGGAUCCCUCCCAGGCCCACCCGGCACUGAGCUCUUGCCCACUGUGGAGUCAUGCAGAUUGUAAACGUUCUUCCAAGAGACUUCUAUGUCCUGCUUAUUAACAAAAGAGGAAAGUGUAAUAAUUGAUAUGAUUUUGUAAAAGUAUUUUUCUUGAAAUAAUCUAACGUUUAAAACAUUAUAUUGAAAAGGUUGUGCGGUGGGAAGGUGAACGCAGAGAAACAACUUGUAAAUGAUAAUUGUGUUCUCUCUGCACCACCAUUGAAGGGGGGGAGGGGCGACUUUCGCAAUGUAUAGAUUAAAAAAAUCCGAUAUAUCAAAACCAUUUGUAUCUAAUGUGUACAGUGUAAAAUUGACUUUAAAAAUAUUGCAGUGCUAUUUUUUCUUAAUCAGAAAGGAAAAUUUCAAGGCCUUUUGAAGAGCAUAAGAUGGUGAAGAUUGUAAACUUGUAUAAAAUUAUCAUGGGAGAAGACAAACUGUAAAGUAGAUAUUUGUAAUCUUUUACCACUUUGGGGUUGCUUUUUUUCCCAGAAUUCAUCAUAACUUUGAAUUUUUUUUUAAUGGGCUGUUUUUAAUGCAGGGGCUUUUCUUCUCUAGAAAUGCAAUUCUAAGCAGGAAAAAAAAAACACAAAAAAACAGAAAACCCUACAAAAAUUAAAAAAAAAAAAAGAGGCAGCAAAGGGUAGUUUUCAUCUGGUGUCUUAUUUAAGUUUUUUAAGUUAAGAAAAGCUGGUGACAUAUUUAUACGUUUUUGUGCAAAAAUAAAUGAAUGGCAAUAGAUUUUAAAAAAUCUUAUUAUGUACUUCUGUGUGAAAAAAGUCUGUAUAAUAUUUCCCUUAAAUAUGCAUUAUUUUACUUGUGAGUUUUUUACUGAAUUAAUCUGAAAUGUACAAGCCCUGGAUUUGCUACAGAGUGAGAAGUUAUUUUAUUUUUUUUUAUUUUCAAUUUUGGAAAUUCUGCAGAAAUCAGAACUCUCACCAUGGUUUGAACUAAAAGGGGCGGUGGGCGGGAGGUGUGGGAUUGUGCAGCAUGCUUGUAUGUAUAUUUCAGAACCUUUUUAAAAUGUAAAAGCUGUACAUUUCUGGGAAGUUCUGAAUUACUUUUGUUUCCUUUUUCCUUCCAGCAUUUUGCAGUGAGCUUCUUUUAUAUACAGCAAACAAUUUGAGAGAAUACAAAAACAUGUGAAGUUCAUU